GUGGUUUUGAGGUCACUUAUCAAGCGUCCCUGUCCGAACCUCGUCGUGCUCACGCAUGAUACCACGUGUAUUUGUCUGAGGUGAUUUUCUUGUGUUUUCUACAACAUGGCGGAAAUCAAAGCUGGUAAAAUUUUGAUUGAAGGAAAAACCAAGAUUAUCUACGAGCUUGAAAAUAAUCAAGUGUUGUUGCAGUCCAAAGAUAGAAUAACUGCUGGAGAUGGAGCAAGAGCACACGACUUGAAGGGAAAAGCUGCCAUAUCAACUUCCACAACAUGUAAAAUAUUUGAACUGCUGAACAAUGCAGGAAUAAAAACCCAUUUUGUAAAGCAGCAUAGCGACACAUCUUUCAUUGGUGUGAAUUGUGAUAUGAUUCCGAUUGAAUUCGUCACUAGAAGAGUCGCCACUGGAUCAUUUCUAAGGCGUCAUGAGGGAGUCAAAGAAGGGUUCAGAUUCUGCCCUGUUAAGUUGGAAUAUUUCUAUAAGGUAAAAGUUAUCUUGUUAUUCGUAAGAAUUAUUUGA